AUGAUCGACUUGUCAAUAGUCUUUUGGUUUGUGCUCAUAGGCUCUAGUGCUGUCUCGGCUCAAACAUGCAAGAAGAGAUCUGGUGUUUUCACUCCCAAUGAUACUUACGAUUUAAACCGCAAAACAAUGCUCUCGAUUCUUCCUUCUAUUGUCUCUGCUAAUGACGGCUUCAACAAAACUUCGAUUGGGCAAGAGCCAAACAAAACAUAUGGUCUGGGGAUGUGUAUCCCAGGUACUGAACCACGGACGUGUUCUGAUUGUAUCAUGGCCUCAGCUGGCAUGUUAUUACGGUACUGUCCUGAAGAGACAGAAGCUACAGACUGGAGAUACAGCGGAUCACUUUGUCUGGUACGGUACUCAAACCGAUCGUUUAACGGAUAUCUCGACGAAGAAACGAUGUGGAAGCAGAGCAGUAAUACCAUCAUUAACUCUACGGAGUUUGUAAAUACAUGGGAUGAUUUGAUAGGUAACUUGAUAGACACUGCUUCGUCAAAGUCCAACCCCAAAUACUACGCGGCCCACACGAAACAACUUAAUGUAUCCACCUAUAUAUACGGUUUCAUGCAAUGCACUAAAUACCUAACAUCGUGGGACUGCACGGGAUGUCUACGACAGAGCGUGGAUGAAUAUAGGUCGUGCUGCCGCGGGAGUCAAGGAGGCUCUAUAGCGAGGCCUAGCUGUUUCAUGCGAUGGGAAUUAUAUCCCUUCUUGGGACUUUUUGAUUCUCCAGCUUCACCUGAAGAUCAAGCCAACACAACCACGAAAGAUGGCAUAAAUAUUUCGGCCGGAGAAAUUGUGACAAUUGUCGUUGUUCCCAUCGUUGUGGUCACUGGACUGCUCGCUCUUGGAUUUAUUUGUUCGAGGAGAAGAAGAGGUUAUCAAGCAUUUACAUGUGAACGGGGAUACUUUUCGGCUGCAAAGAAAAGGAACAAUUCUGAUUCGGCACCUCAAGAUGAUGAUGGGGAUAUUACAACUUCAGGUUCACAUCAAUUCAAUUUUAGAGCAAUUAAAGCUGCAACAAAUAAUUUUCAGAAGAGUAACAAGCUUGGUCAUGGUGGAUUUGGCGCAGUUUACAAGGGUAUGUUCCAGAAUGGAACAGAAGUUGCUGCAAAGAGGCUGUCUAAAACUUCAGGUCAAGGUGAGCAAGAGUUCAAGAACGAAGUGCUUCUUGUAGCUAAGCUUCAACACAGAAAUCUUGUUAGACUUCUAGGGUUUUCUGUGGAAAGAGAUGAAAGGAUACUAGUCUAUGAGUUUGUGCCCAACAAAAGCCUCGAUUAUUUCCUUUUCGACCAUUUGAAGAGGGGUCAAUUGGAUUGGAAAACACGGCUCAAUAUUAUCGAGGGAAUCACUCGUGGGAUGCUAUAUCUUCAUCAAGAUUCACGACUCACAAUCAUACACCGUGACCUCAAAGCCAGUAAUAUUCUUUUAGAUGCUGAUAUGAACCCUAAAAUAGCGGAUUUUGGUAUGGCUAGGAGUGUCAGAGUAAAUCAAACAGAAGCCAAUACAGGAAGAGUAGUUGGAACAUUCGGUUACAUGCCACCUGAGUAUGUGGCAAAUGGGCAUUUCUCGACGAAAUCUGAUGUGUAUAGUUUUGGAGUAUUGCUUCUAGAGAUCAUUGGUGGGAAGAAGAACAGUAGCUUCCAUCGGAUAGAUGGUUCAGCAAGCAACUUGGUCACAUAUGUUUGGAGGCUUUGGAGCAAUGAAUCACUGUUGGAACUCGUAGAUCCAGCCAUUGGGGAGAACUAUGAUAAGGAUGCAGUCAUUAGAUGCAUCCACAUUGGGUUAUUAUGUGUGCAAGAAAGUCCUGCAGAUCGUCCAAGCAUGCCCACAAUAUUUCAAAUGCUCACUAAUACUUCAAUUACUCUGCCUGUACCUCAGCAACCUGGAUUUUUCUUCAGGGAGAGAUCUGCGUCAGACCCAUUAGCCGAGAGAUUGCUGCCUGGUCCGUCUCCUAUCGUGUCUUUUGCUUGUUCUAUCGAUGAUGCAUCGAUCGCGAGUGUUAGUCCUCGUUGAAUUUGAUGUUAAUGAUUAAAAUCUAUCUUCUUUCAUAAACCCAA